GAGACCAGAGCCGCAACCAAGUGACAACCCCGCUCCAAACAACAACACACAGGCCCCUGAACCAAUGGGGAGAUCUUAGGACUCCUCAAAGUGGGAUUUCUCGGCUCCAGGUGGAGCUAGCUCGCAUCUGGUCCAGUCAAUACAGUCAAGCCCGGGUCACCAGGCUCAGGGGGGGAGAAAAAGGGAGGGAGAAAUCUUCCUUCUUGCGUUUUUUUUCCUCUUCUCCCUUCUUUCCUCCUCCAGUUCUCCCCCUUCCUUCCCCACUCCACUCCCUCUCCCGUUUGGAAUAAAAAGCCGAUGGAAAAAUCCAAAAACUUCCGAAUCGACGCACUCCUGGCCGUCGAUCUUCCCAAACUGCCGGCUUGCUCGCCUCUUGUCACCGCGCCUGCCUCUUCCACAGCCAGCCCGCCAGAGCUCGACCAGCAUCCGGUCACCUCCGACUGCCUGCGGUCCGACAGCCCGAGCCCUCCGCGCUUUAGCCUUGGCAACCUGAUGCCGAAGCCCGGCUUCCUGAGUGUGCACCAGCAUCCCGGGAUGACGGGCCUCCACCCUCACGGGGCCAUCCCGGCCUCGGCUCUCUACGGCCACCCGGUUUACACAUACUCGGCACUGACCGGUCAGUCAAACGCCCUGCCCUACUCCUACCCGCAACUUGCUGCCAGUCACCAUUCGGAACCCGUCAAAGUAACAGCCGGCACUUUCCAGAUCGACCAGUGGCUCCGAGCGUCGACAGCGGGAAUGAUGUUGCCCAAAAUGCCUGAUUUUAACGUACAAACACAGAGCAGCAUGUUGGGGAAAUGCCGCCGGCCUCGAACAGCUUUCACCAGUCAGCAGCUAUUGGAGCUGGAACAACAGUUCAAGCUGAACAAAUACCUCUCCCGUCCCAAAAGGUUUGAAGUGGCCACAUCUUUGAUGCUGACAGAGACUCAGGUUAAAAUCUGGUUUCAGAAUAGACGGAUGAAGUGGAAACGGAGUAAAAAAGCGAAGGAGCAGGCGGCGCAGGAGGCUGUUAAACAAAAAGCGAAGAGCACAGAGAGUAAAUCGGACGAUUAUCAGAGCAAGGCCGGCCUUACUAAAAGCGACCAGAGCAAACAAUCCCGGUUGCGAGACUUCAGAGAGAGUGACGAGGACGGAGGCAGUUUGACGUGUCAUUCGUCGGAAUGCUCCUCAGACGAGGAAGCUGAGCUGAAACAGACACACCAGGGCCCGCCAGUGACCGUCAAAUAGAUCCUGGAAUCCACUUGUCGCCCCAAAACGACCUGUACAGCCGUGGUUCGGCUUGAAUGUUUUCCUUUUGAAGCCAGAUAUUCUCUUUGUGUCCUGUACCUCAGGUUGCCCUGUUGACCAUGUCCCUGAUCUCCGAUCAGUCGCCAUAUAUAAAAAAAGUACUGUUUGUGUAUCUCUCAACGCAACAAUGGGAAAUUGCAAGACUGUAUUGUCUUUAUUUUUAUAUUGUAUUUAUAAGAAUUCGCCUAUAGUUGUGCAUGCUAAGUUAUUGUUUAGCUACAACGUGUGGUUUCUCCCUCAACAUAGUG